AUUCUUGCUUCUGCUGUUAUUUGCAGUUGUUGGUUAUCAUUUGAAAGUGGAGCAUUAUAUGGUUUCAUAGGACCCGUAGCUCUUAUUAUUCUUAUUAAUAUUUUGAUUGUAAUAAGUUUAUGUGCGACACUGUGUUCUUCCAAGAUGGCAUCUAAUAGCACAACAAAGAAACGGGCUCUAUCAGGUAUUAAGUCGAUUUCCAUCCUCUUACCCGUGCUUGGAGUGACUUGGGUCUUUGGCUUUUUGUCCAUCAGCGAUGACGUCAUUGUUUUUGAAUAUAUAUUUGCUAUCUUGAAUUCUUUUCAGGGAUUUUUCAUUUUCAUUUCAAAGUGUCUUUUGAACAAAAAGAUUAGGAAAGCUUUCAUUCGGAAAUUAUGUAAGAGUAAAACCGAGAGGUCCCGAAGUAAACUCUUCACACUGGAGAGUGAUAAUACUCGGUCCUCCUAUAUCAGAGAUUCAUCUUAUGAAUCAAGCAUUAAAGAAGAUAACAGAACUGAACACAUAAAUGAGGACCUUGUCAAGGGAAUCGCGUUUAAUUUCAAAGAGAGUACAGAUCUUUGA